GUUCGCUUUUUCAAAAAUUAUAAUCUUUAAUCUGUUUCUUUCACUUUCGUUGGUCUUUUCAUUUGCCCGACCGACGCCCUCUCUUGCUACAUUGCGAGACAUAGUCCAUCCACCAUGGCAUUCCUCAAGACGUUGCUCCUAGGAACCCUAGGCUUAGCACCAGAGGUGUUGGCAGCCAAUCUACUCGCAUCGCACUAUACGGGCAAGAUCUUCUCGCUCUCUUUCACUGGGCGCGGCAGCAAUGCCACGCUAGUCAACAAAUCAUCCGUGUCGGGUUGUGGACGAUUGCCCGCAUGGCUGCACGUGGACUCGAGAGUAGUAUAUUGCGUUGAUGAGGACUGGUUCGGCAGUGGUGUACUUGCCUCUUACUCUGUAGCGUCGGACGGCAGCUUGAAGCAGACAGGAAGUGCUUCCACUGCCGGUGCUAGCGUGCACGGCACGCCCUACGGGGGUGAGAAUGGAAAGGGCUUCUUCGCUACAGUCGAAUAUGACCCGUCAACCUUGACGAGAUACAAGCUGCCUCUUUCCAGUGCUUCGACCGUCAUGGCGCAGUCCAAGUUCAACAUGUCCGCGCCCGGGCCAAACGCGCGACAGAACGCGCCUCACCCACACGCCGCUCAGCUGGACCCGACGGGAAGAUUUCUCAUCGUCCCCGACUUGGGCGCGGACCUGAUCCGCAUCUUCAGGAUCGACGCCAAGACGGGCGGCCUGACUGCGUGCGAGCCGGGCGUCGCAGGCGCAGGCGACGGGCCGCGCCACGGCGCGUGGUGGGGGUCGCCCGACCUCGGCCGCACAGCCGGCCGGAUGCUGUACACCGUGAACGAGCUGGGCAACUCGGUCUCGGCCUGGAAGGUGGCCUACACCGACGAAGGGUGCCUCUCCCUAAACAGGACCCAGACGCUAUCCACGUACGCGGCGGGUAGCGCGCCCCCCAACGGCUCCAAGGCCGCCGAGGUCCGGGUCGCGGGCAACUUCCUGUACGCGGCCAACCGCGCCGACGAGACGUUCGGGCCCCAGAACGACUCGCUCGCCACGUACAGCAUCGACGCCAGGUCGGGCGCUAUCCAGUUCGUCGAGGCCACGCCCGCGCACGCCUGGUUCCCGCGCACGUUCUCGAUCAACAAGGCCGGCGACCUGGUCGCCGUCGGCGGACAGACGAGCAGCAACGUGGCCAUCAUCGCGCGCGACCCCAAGACAGGUAAGCUAGGCGACCUCGUGGCUAACCUGAAAAUCGCGACGCCCGGCACUCCGCAGCAAGAGGAUGGGCUGAGUGCUGUUGUGUGGGUUGAGUAGGUAGGUAGAUUUGGUGGUAAAAAAAGGGGGAGGGACUGUGAACGCUUUAGCUUAGACAAAAUUGUAUUUAGAAGUUAUAGGUUGCGCUCCGGCCGGACGAUAAGAAGUAUAUAGGACUCUAUCACUGGGACCGUGGUUCCCAUGCUGUAUAUGCAGAGAAGAAACGUAUAUAUUGUUCAAUUCUUGUUGUCAACGAUUAUUCUACAUAUGCUCCUGGAAUUGUAUACCUGUCGAACAUUGAAUCACAGGUACCUUAGGCAGUUUUCUCAUGACG